AGAGGGAUGGCGCCUGUUUGGACGUGUCAGUUGAUGGUACAGUGAGUGGAACGGAAGGAGCUAAGGGAAUCAGCAGCGGCCUAGCUGGCUAUCUUACCUCGACCACCACCCCUUUUCAAGGGCCAAGAUGCACGCAGUCUUCGCUGUUGGCCUGGUGUUCCUUGGCUGCACCAGCAAUGUUGUGUUUCUGGAACUGUUGGUCAGGGAUUUUCCAGGAUGUGGAAACCUUGUGACAUUUGGACAGUUCCUGUUCAUAGCAUUGGAAGGCUUAAUCUUUCAAGCUCACUUUUUCACAAAGCCUCGGGCAAUCCCUUUAAGGAACUAUUUCAUCAUGGUCACCAUGUUUUUCAUCGUAAGUGUGGUUAAUAAUUAUGCCCUCAACUUCAACAUUCCAAUGCCUUUGCACAUGAUCUUCAGAUCAGGCUCUCUGAUAGCCAGCAUGGUAUUGGGAAUUAUAGUUUUAAAGAAAAGAUACACAGUUGCGAAGUACAUUUCAGUGGCUCUGGUUUCUUUGGGAAUUUUUAUCUGUACAUUCAUGUCUGCAAAACAAGUGUCUUCGCAUAAAAGUGCAUCUGCUGAAGAGAGUUACUAUGUAUUAAUACAGUGGCUGAUAGGUAUUUUAAUGCUGACUUUUGCACUCUUCAUGUCAGCUAGAAUGGGACUUUUUCAAGAGACAUUAUAUAAGCAGUAUGGCAAACACUCGACAGAGGCAUUGUUUUAUAAUCAUUUCCUGCCAUUACCAGCUUUCCUCUUAUUUGCUUCUGACAUUUACAAUCAUGGAGUUCUCUUCAACCAAUCUGAACAGAUGGAGAUUGCACUCCUGGGAAUCACUAUACCGAUCAUGUGGUUUUACCUGAUACUCAAUGUUCUAACUCAAUACGUUUGCAUCCGUGGUGUUUUUAUUCUCACAACAGAGUGCACAUCCUUGACAGUCACACUUGUCGUGACACUUCGCAAGUUCAUCAGUCUCAUCUUCUCUAUUGUUUAUUUCAAGAACCCCUUCACCUUCUGGCACUGGAUUGGGACAGUGGUGGUUUUUAUUGGGACUCUCACUUAUGCCGAAGUUUGGAAAACGUUUAAGCUGUUGUUCGACAGCAAGAGAAAGGAGCAAUAAAUCACUUCAGCGCAGUAUAACCAGGUCCAGGCAUUCAGCCUAAACAUUCGAUGAAAAGAAAUGACUAUCAAGAAGAAUACAUUUUUAAUUUAUUCCUUUCCUGUGAAAACUCUAUUUUUGUAAAGGUAUAAUUUGUCUACUUGCGUUCCUCUAGUGAAUCUUUGGUCUGGACAUGUCAGUUCUUUCUAUCGGAUUUGAAUUUAUUGCUUAAUAAAUACAUCAAGACACUUGAAGUAAUGCUUAAAAAGUACCAUAAUGAUUACUUUUUGUUCAAGUUUGGUGCUAUGACUGUUUUUAAUUAAAUAUUUUGUUUGUAAAAUUUAGCUUCGCAGCGCUGCUGAUUUCACAGCAUAGAAACUCUGAGAAAAAUAUUGGCACGAGAUCUGAAAGCACUGAUCACCAUGAUUUGACUGAUAGUAGUGCAUGCAUGCUUGUCAUGUACUGACAAUGUGUAGUGUAGAUAGACUGCUGCCUGAUGUAGUGUUUUGGUACUGUUACUACUAUUGCACAUCUAAAUAUGUAUUCGGUUGCCCCAAGAAUCUACCCCAAAUCUGUGCUAUUUAUGUAUCUCUAUUUAGCUUUCAGGUAAGAGGGUUUACUUGUGACUAUAUUUUUGCAUUAUUGUCACUGGGGAAGUUUUAAUUUUUUCAGUCAGAAGGCUGUUUAGAGAUGAGGAGGCAUUUGAACCUUCAUGGUUCAUGUUGACCUUGAGCGUAUCACCAGAUUUUUGUUCCCCGGAAAAAAAAACUCCAGCCCGUUUCUCCACAGUUCCACCUCUUUCCCUCCCACUUUCCAGACUAUCACAUUGUUCUCUUGGUCUAAAUCCUGAAACAAAACGCCAAAAAGCAACCAUUCCAUGCUUACUUCAUGUAAGAAUAUUUCUAAUAAUGCAUAGAAUAUCUCAUGGUACACCUUUGUUCUUUCCCUUGGAGUCUGGGGUCUUUGUCUGGUCCAGUGUUCCUACACGGUGCUACCUUGGUGAUAACUGCACUGCUUUCUGACAGGUGGUAGGCUGCUGAAGUACACCAGUGGAGGGAAGACAGCAAAUGCCUUUCCAUAAUGCCCUUGAGCAGCUCUGGGAUUGAGGGCCUAUCUUCAGACUGUAACAGCUCAGCAGCAGCAGUGGCAGAAGUGCCAUUGCUGUUAUCCUGAAGCAGACAGCAGGUAUGUGCUCCACAGAGCUACUUGUAUUUCUCCAUAGUGGAAUUUCAAUAAUCUAUAGAUUUUACAGAACAAACUGUUGUCACUAUUGUGAGACCCAGCAAAUCUAUUUGAGCAUUGUUUUCCCCAAUCAUGAUGCCCACAAGUAAACUGUCCAAAUUCCUAUUGCAGAACUGAUCCAUUAUUUGAUUUUUGCUUGUGCUGCACCAGCUCAUGCAGUGACCAUCAUUUGUCCAAAAAUGUUGUCUUGAAUGGGCUGCAAGGUCGGUGCAACUUCCUGCAUAAUGUACAACUGGAUUUCUCCACACUCUUGACAGUGACAAAACCAUCAAAUAGAGUUUCUACCCUUUCAGUCUUUUCUUUUACCCCAUUGAAGUCUCAUCUGCAGCAGAACUCAUCUGCAACUUUGUGCUUGUCUGAAGAACCUGCUGGUCCACUUCAGAAGUAUAACUUCUUUUUCUUUGUCAGUAUUGAACUAAAGCCUCCAGUGACAUAUCCUUUUCAGUCAGAAGGCUGUUUAGAGGUGAGGAGGCAUUUGCUACUCCAUAGGUGCACUUCUUUCGUGCUUGGGAAGUUUUUUUUCUAGUUUAUUCCAGCAUCUGAUACAGCUAGAGUAUAACUCUGUUCCAUGUUGAGUGUGUAGCCACUUAGUGUGCUUAGCAUUGGGCUGCACAUCCAAUUCAUGGAACUGAACAGACAACAUAAAGUUACUGUGCUGUCUUUAUCAGAUCCAUUGAGGGUGAGGUAAUUAUCCUUUAUGAUCUCCAUGUGCAUUAAUGGGCAUUAAUGCCAAAUAUCAAAUGCAAUUGAAUGCAAGAUUGGAUGGUGAAAGUGGAAUUAAAGACUGGGCUUUUGGUGGAUUGGGUUAAUAGACUGAGGGUUUGGAAAGUGUUGUGGGAUGACCACCAGUUUGGGUGGUGCGAUGGGUUAACGUGGUUUGGAUGAUGAAGUGGGCUAGCAUUCAAGAUCUGGGUGAUGUGCACGUUUAAUGGAUUGAGGGUUGGGUAUUACACUUGGUGAACACACUGAGGGACAGGUCAGUGCAGUGGUCUGUAUGGCCUUCUCUUGCCCUUAAUUUUUUGGAGUUGUGGAGUCACUGUUUAUAUGAAAUGUUAAUUUAAUUAUCUAGAAUAAAUGUCAACAACACAUACCGUGUAGUGUUUGUACAAUGUAAUUCAAAGUUUGGGAGAAGAUUUGUAGUUUGGGUGCUUGUUGUUGUGGUUCUGUUCGCCUAGCUGGUAGUUUUUGUUGCAAACGUUUCGUCCCCUUUCUAGGUGAUAUCCUCAGUGCUUGGGAGUCUCCUGUUGGGAGCCUUCUUCCUUGAAGAAGCGCUUCACAGGAGGCUCCCAAGCAGUGAGGAUGUCAUCUAGAAAGGGGACGAAGUUUUUGUUGCAAACAUUAUCAGCUCGGCAAACAGAAGUACAAUGUAACGUACAAGCACUGUAUAGAAUUGAUUAAUUUAGAUAGUUAAAAGGUAGAAACUUCAAUAGAAAGAAAGGAAUUUAUCUAAGAAAGAGGUGGAUAUAGAUGUUCUGUGGGAGCACCUCAUAACUAUUUUUGUGUUGAAAACGUAUGAUAAUAAAAGUUGUGUUACAUUCAGUGAAUCACUGAAUUUUCACGAUUCUCAAUAUUACAAAGACUUGGAGUGAAUAUCUACAUAUAUUUGUUGCACUUCAAAGGUAAUUCAUUAUGUGAAGCUCUCCAAUGUUUACAUGAAAGGUGCUGUGUAAUUGCAACUAUUGGUUUUACACCUGUAGAGGGCUGGUAUCUUCAGAAAUGCCAGUGGUUAUGAUUUUGUUAAUAGAAAAAUCAUUGCUCACUUCCUUUGCUCCUGGUCUCCCUUAUCCCAGGGUGGCACAGUGGUUAGCACUGCUGCCUCACAGCGCCAGAGACCCGGGUUCAAUUCCUGACUCAGGCGACUGACUGUGUGGAGUUUGCACAUUCUCCCCGUGUCUGCGUGGGUUUCCUCCGGGUGCUCCGGUUUCCUCCCACAGUCCAAAAAUGUGCAGGUCAGGUGAAUUGGCCAUGCUAAAUUGCCCGUAGUGUUAGGUAGAGGGGUAAAUGUAGGGGUAUGGGUGGGUUGCGCUUCGGCGGGUCGGUGUGGACUUGUUGGGCUGAAGGGCCUGUUUCCACACUGUAAGAAAUCUAAUCUAAUCUAAUCUAAUGAAACUUGUUUUCAUUUAAUUAUCUGCAAAAUCAGUAACCAAAGACCAUCACCAAGACUCUAUUUUCCAGCAAUGUUGCUAUGAUUUAUACAGUUUAAAACUUCUGCCUGUGGACAUCCAUUUUGUGUGCCUCUCUGCCUUCAUAAACUGCUUAGUGGGAGGUAUUCCUAAUGUGUGAUGUCAAAUCAAGUUAUCCACUAUCUGUCUCUGGCAUAAAAUAGUUUGAAGAACAACUUAAAACUGAGUGGUUAAAAAAGAUGUUUUGCCUUAUUAGCAGUUGAACCUGUAUGAUAUAUCAUUGGAUAAACCUUUGUUUUGAUGAGGCUGCUAUUAAGCAUAUCUCCUUGUCUGAAGUUCAAUGGUAUGUAAUGUAUUGAACAGCCUACUUUUUUGAGCUCAGUGUCUCAACCUGCUUUCAUCUGUGGUAUAGUGCAUUGUGUCAUCAUGUUACCUC